UCUUCCCUGGGCCCUGCUGCAAUUUCCAUUAAUAGCCAGCUGAGCCUCCCGGCUAAAAAUAACCCACCCGCCCUCUUCAUAAGUGGCCGGUGGCCACCACCCUUCUCCACCCCCCCUUAAGCAGCCCCGUGCACCAUGGCCGAACGCCGCGUCCCCUUCACCUUCCUGCGCAGCCCCAGCUGGGACCCCUUCCGCGACUGGUACCAUGGCAGCCGCCUCUUCGACCAGUCCUUCGGGAUGCCCCACAUCCCCGAGGAUUGGUACAAGUGGCCCAGCGGCACCGCCUGGCCCGGCUAUUUCCGUCUCUUGCCCCGGGAGAGCGCCCUGAUGCCGGCCCCCGGGUCGCCCUUCGGGCAGGCGCUGAGCCGGCAGCUCAGCAGCGGCAUCUCCGAGAUCCGCCAGACCGCCGACAGCUGGAAGGUCACCUUGGACGUCAACCACUUCGCCCCCGAGGAGCUGGUGGUCAAGACCAAGGACAAUAUCGUGGAGAUCACCGGCAAACACGAGGAGAAGCAGGAUGAACACGGCUUCAUCUCCAGGUGCUUCACCCGAAAAUACACGUAAGUACCAGGGAGGAGGAGAGACAGCAGCCC